AUGCGGAACGAAAGAAAGGAGACUUCGACCGUCGGGGCAACCCAUGUCAAGAAGCUUCGAGGCCGCGACUUGCAAGAUGUCAACUGUGUCUACAUCAACGGUGCCCCACAAGGGCCCUGCACUAAUCCUGCUCCUGUGGUCGUGAAUGCGAAUGAAGACGACAGCGAAGAUGCGGUGGUGUUCUUGCCAAGCGCCAACGACAGCGAAGAUGAGCUAGUGUUGCCAGGGGCUACUACUGGUGGAGUAAUCGGCGUUGGCUGGAACAAUAACGACAGCGAAGAAAAUCGAAGUAGCGACAAUGGCGUGAGCGUGGUAGUACUCCCAGGAAACCAGGGCGCGAGCGAAGACGGUGAUGGCGUACCGGUAGCGGUUGUGUUGCCUGGCAACCCUCCAGGUCCUGUUCAAUCGACAUUUGCUGCUCCUCCUGGCGGGCCGGUUCUUGCUGAUAUUACGGAGGUAGCUCGAGGAACGCAGUCUCUGUCAUCAUUGCUGGCAUUGAUCAAUACUGCGGGGCUAGUGGAAACUCUGAAGGGACAAGGUCCCUUUACUGUUUUUGCACCGUCAAUGGUGCUCUUCCAACCGGUCUAG